ACACAUGUGUAACACCCUUGCAAGCCUUGGCAAGCUGAAGAAACCAUGCCCAAAGGUACACGAGAGGGUUAUGGAGAAACGUCAGGCUCUUAAUUUUUUGCCAGUUUUGGCUGUGGCAAGUUUCCUCGUCAAGAUAAGUGGAUCAAGCUCUCUUCGGCCGGUGCUGACUGGUCCUGACCUGGCCUUCAGUGGCCCGAGGGUGGUUUUCCGUUGUGUUGUACCUAACGUCUCCCCACCAGUCAUCUAUGAGCUGAUAAAGGAUGGGCGUGUGCGAAUUGGCCGUGAUAGAGAUUUUCAAGGUGGCCAUGUUGCAUCAUUCCCUAUCAAAGUAACUGCAGCGUCAGAAGGGUCAUACCACUGCAGGGCCACAGCUGGAGGAACCAGAGAAAUCAGCAACAGCAUUAAGCUGAGAGUAGUCACUCCACCAUCGUAUACCAGAGUGACCUCUGAACCCUUCCCCCCAGUUGCAUACGAGGGGUCACACAUGGCCCUGAGCUGUGACGUUGAAAUGGGGUCCCACCUUUCCUACAGUUGGUUUUUUAACAGGAAGGAAAUAACAGCUUCGAAUUCUCUACCCUUCCACUUUGUGGGAAACAAGCUGCUGGUUGAGAAGGUAACUCCUGAGUUUGCUGGAAAUUAUUCUUGCAGUGCUUGGUCCAGCGUGAAUGAGAUCAAGAGGAUUUCCAGCAGCACAGAGGUCCAGGUGGCAAUCAAAGUCUAUGUUUCAAAGCCAGAGAUCUCCUUCUCCGUUCAUAAAGAGGGAACCAGUUACCAUGGCAAUGUGACGUGCUGGUCAACAAGAGGGAGCCCUCCGGUGAACUUUUAUCUUUUACUAGACGGUAAAGAAGUGGGCUCCGACACAGCAGCUCAGACCCUGGCUGCAUGGUUCCUUGUAGUCGUAGUACCCGAGCUGGACAUGGGAGAGGCACGAUGCCGGGUGAAAACCGAGAAUCAGGACCUCACGAGUGACCCCGUGAACCUGGAAGUAGUUCCAGUUGGAGGAAAUGUGAAAUUGGAGGUGGAAUAUCUGUACACAGCUGAUUCCAAACUGACUACAGCAAGGCUGAGCUGUCACGUCAGCAGAGGAACUUUUCCUUAUAUCUCGUGGCUCUUCAAUGACUCUGUCCUUCCCUCUGAGUCUCAUCCGGAUUCCCACACUCAGCCCAUCCUGCCUCACAUUGCCCUUGCUGACCGAAGACGAUCCCUCAUCCUCACUAAGCUCAGCCCUGAGGAGUCUGGGUAUUACCGCUGCAGGGCCAGGGACAGCUACGAUGACUCUGGGCCCUGGGUGGAGAGUGCAGCAGAGCUGGUCCAAGUCACAGUCAACUCCAUGUCUCAAGCAGCAUCCUCAACUGAAACGCCACCAAGUGAAAGUUUUUGCAUGAACACCACAGAAGUUGUCACCAUGGCAUUCUGCUGCUUCGUUCUCCUCAUGCUAGCAGUGGGUUCAGCCUGCGUGUACAAGAUGUUUGAAAACAAACAAGCUCAUACCAACAGUGUUCCAGCAAACUCUGAAGCACUUCAGUCUGAACUGACGCCCCAGUCAGGGGGAAAUGUGGCUGAUACUACCGCUACAGAUUGCGAUGUUCAAAAUCAGAUCACUGAGGUCACAGUAUGAUGCGCAAGAGUCCUUCACCUCCUAAUACAAUAUUUAAUUUUAAAUGUUUAUAUUAUGUUCAUAUUUAAUGUUCUUGGGUUAGUGAACUGUCUACAUGGCACUGUUGGAACAUUCAGUUAUAGACAAGUGCGAAAUCGCAUUGCCUACCUACUGUAUACUGUUAUUUUGAUGCAAAUAAAUUUUUAAUUAUUAGAUUA